UCGUCACAUUAACUUCUCCCUGUUCCUCUCCGACUCUUCCGGUGCAGACUCGUGCACGUUUCGACAUUGCUUUUGGCGGAGUUCACGUUUCGUGUCGCGAGACUUAAAAAAUGCGUUACGUGGCCGCUUACAUGCUGGCAGUUUUGGGAGGCAAGGCCUCGCCAAGCCAGAAUGACAUCGAGAAGAUCCUGUCGUCGGUGGGAAUCGAGACCGAUGCUGAGAAGCUGAAGAAGGUCAUUACCGAAUUGAAUGGAAAGUCCAUGGACGAACUGAUUACCAAGGGCAGGGAAAAACUGUCGUCCAUGCCAGUCGGCGGAGCGGUCGCCGCUGGUGCCCCUGCAGCCCCUGCCGCUGGUGCGGCAGCUCCGGCCGAAGAGAAGAAGGAGGAAAAGAAGCCGGCUAAGGAAGAAUCUGAAUCCGAGGACGAUGACAUGGGCUUCGGCUUGUUUGACUAAAAAAGUGCUUUACUUUCUUUUUGUUUUUUUGUCACCCGAGCGUAACAUGCGUGUUCAUACAUCUUGAGGAUCAAGAACUAAAGCUAUCGUACUAAAGUCAUGAAUUUAAGUUAAGAUACUAAAGCCAUGAAUUAAAGCUAAGAUAUUAAAGCUGCUGGAGAAUAAAGUACUUUCAACCGAG